AUGGCUCCAAGGGUCGCCAUCAUCUAUGUACACUUCACUUACUCCCUGUACGGCCAUAUCGGUCAACUGGCCCAGGCCGAGAAGAAAGGUAUUGAAGAAGCCGGCGGCAAGGCCGAUGUCUACCAGAUCAAGGAGACCCUGCCUCAGGAGAUCCUCACGGCAAUGUACGCACCACCUCAAAACAAAGCCGUUCCCUUCAUCACACCCGACCUCAUGAAGAGCUAUGAUGCAUUUCUGUUCGGCAUCCCCAACCGGUACGGCAACUACCCUGUGCAGUGGAAGUCAUUCAUUGACUCGCUCGGCCCACUCUGGAUGGCCGGCGCCCUGCAUGGCAAGUACUUUGGCUUGUUCGUCAGCACUGGCACCCUUGGCGGCGGACAGGAGUCUACCUGCAUCACUGCCCUAUCGUCUUGGAUUCACCAGGGUAUGAACUUCGUGCCUCUGGGCUACGCCCCGGCCUUCCAACUCCUCUCUAACCUCGAGGAGGUCCGUGGCGGCUCGCCUUGGGGUGCGGGCACGUUCGCUGGCGGGGAUGGCAGCAGGCAACCAACCGACAUGGAGAUUGAGCUGGCCCAUGCCCAAGGCAAGAGCUUCUAUGGCGUAUGA